AUGGACCAUUUGAUACAUGGUUUCUACGCCGCAAUUGCAAAUAAGGUGACCUGCAAGAAAGAAGAGACCGAAGAAGGCGGCGAGCUGAAGACGGUGUGCACACAAGGGGGUGAAGUGGUGAAGCCCUGGAAGUGCGAGGAAGGCCAAAGCAUUUGCUGUAAUCCUCGCAUGAAGGAGUCCUACUACCUGAGAUGUGUUGCGCGUGAGUGCUGGAAAGUGAAAUCCGAUCCGCUGUGCGAAGAAAACCAGUUUUGCACACUGAAGUGCAAAAACAACUGUUGUUGCUUUGUGGCAGGCACGAGCUGGACGGUGAGGACGCUGUACCGCAACGUGGAACAGAAGGCAUUAGUGAUCAUGAUGGCCUUGCUUGGCACGCUGAACCUGGAGGGAGAUCAAAAUCUGACGGACAACUCCACAGCGCGUGAAGAGCCUGGAGCUCAGGAGAAGUGGAUGAAAGCCACCUGCACUGAGGCCGUGUACCUGGUGCUGAUCAUGCCAUUCGCCGGGCUCAGUUUGGCACUGAUCUAUGAGCAAAUGAAAAAGGCUUCGCAGUCACUCUUUGGCAAAAAAGAUGUUCGAACGGACGAGAUGAGCAAAGAGAUGCGAGAGGAGUGGAUGCAAGAUGCGCAAAACCAGCAGAAAAUGAAGUUGAACGAGUACCUGACGGACAAAGAGCAAGAUGGUCUAGGUGGCAUUCUGCAAAUGGUAGUGACAGAGGUAGCAGGGAUGAGCAGUGCGAAAUGGGUCACCACCCAGUGCAUGAGCUUGUCCUUGUACCACUUUAUCGUCACAGAACCCGUAGAGAGCAAUGUCUGCGUGUUGGGAAAAACGGGUCGUUUGAUGUAUCUGAUGCGAAAGCCGUUGAACCCAUCCUCAGAGUCAGCACGGCUGCUGAGCAGCGCUGGGAUGAUGAUCAUUCUGCUGACCGCUGUAGCGUUGGUCUACUUCCGCAGCAUCGAACGGAUGCUGUACCUGGCCAUGAACUUCCCCUCGCCCGGGGUGGAAGCGCGCUUGAUGGUGGUGAAGCCGAUUGCAGUUCUCAUCGACGGCAAGGUCCAUUUGUACACAUUCCUUGUUGCUGCUGUCCUAUGGUUGUUCAACCUGGUAUUUUUCAAGGCCACCAUCAAAUCCUGGGGCCAUUCAGACGCCAAGAACUACUACGAAUCCGACAACGCGUGCUGCGCCCAGUACUUCCGCAGCGGCACGAAGUCCUCUCCCUUCGCGAAGCCACGGCGAGUGGGGGGCAUGCGGAUUUUCUUCGGACCCUAUCCGAUGUCGAAUCUCUUCUGGGAACUUGGUGCCAACUGGAAUUUCCUUCGUUGCCUUGAACCCUUGGCUCGACUGCCUUUGGAAUACGACAACGGAGGUUAUCCCUCUGGCGGAGGUAGCCCAUCGGGACCAGAUGACACAGCUGGCUUUCUGCAGCUAGUGCUGGGUUUGAUGAACAGCUUCUUGGGUACUCUGGGACUCUUUUUCUUCGGCGUGAACAUUUACAAUCUGCUGAUCAACAUCCAGAACUGUCCCACCAGCACGGCUCUGGCCCCAUGCAUCGUCCAGGGCACUUGUGCUCACGUGGCUCGGGCGCCGUGGUUUGCGCAUUACAUUGUGUCCAACAAGCUAAUGCUCGCAGAGGAUUUGGCCAAAGAAGCCAUCAAAGCAGAUAUUCCAAUCAAGGAAAUAGCAAAAUGGCUGGGGGUUGAAACGGUGGGUGCGGCCAAGCAGAUCAUUAUGGAAGUUGCUGAGACCUCCUGCAAUGAUAUGUAUGCCGAGCUCAUCACUGGACCCAACGACACGGUGCACGGCAUGGCCUCGGACUGGCUCGGCAAGCGCCAUGCGGAGUAUUACCUGGAGCAGGUUGAGAAUCGAAACCUCAACAUCACGUGGCAGGCCAAGAUGUAUAGCUGCCACGGCUGCGUGCGGUGUAUGACCCUGCACUACUUCACCGACAUCCAGAAUGUGGUGGAGCUCAUUGAGAUCUUCCUGUUGAUUAUCGCCAGCUACAUGAGCGCCUUGUUAGCCCAGAUGAUGGGCAACCAGCUGGAGAACUGUCCCAUGAUCGACGUGACCUUCGAGGCCGAUCCCACGCAGAAACAAACCGUGGAUUUGCACGAAACCGAGAAGAGCUGCUUGGGGAUGAUCGCACGGACCUUCUUUUUCCGUUACCAUUACUGUGGGGUGCCCAAGCACAUGGAGUACCUGGAAGAGGGCCUGCGGAAGGAAGAAAAGAAGGGCAACCGCGAUACCAAGAAAUUGUCCGAUCCCUUUCAGAUCGUGGAGAAUGCGAAAACCUGGGAUGACUACAACCUCUUUGAUGCAACCGCGGUGCGUCGCUUCAACGUCCAUCGUGAGCUCUUGGGGCUCUUGGAAGGUGAAGAGGUGUUGAGUGCCUGGACAGUGCCACCACGCUUGACCAGACGGCAGAAGCUGGCCAUCGCCUUUGGGGUGCUGUUCUUCAUUGUGGGGCCCAUCAUCACCGCGCUGCGCAAGAGGAAGGCCUCCUGCAGAGCGGAGGCAUUGCUGGGGAUGGUGUUGUGCUGGAAAUAUGUGGACUUCUUCGUGCUGAAGCGUCGCCCACAAGCGGGGCUGGUUCUCAGCACACGAAGGGUGUUUCAGGUCACCAAGACGCCGCGCUAUUUGGGCCUCAUGGGGUACUCGGAGCCCCUGAUCAAGAUGGACGUUUUGGUGCACAACUGCAGCAUUUUUUAUGCACAACUGCAGAUGGAAACGGCUGUUCCGUUUACGCGAAAGGUGUUGGCCAAAGUCUUUGGCCUCCCUUUGAGCCGUUGCGGACAGGUCAUUGCCCAGAGCCCCACCGGCAUCUUCAAGAUGUGGCGGGAGCUGGGUGAUACUUACAACCUGCUGAAUUACGUGUCUCAGGCCUGCUACCUGACCCCGUUGGCAUCGUUGAAUCCGAAGAUGGGCAAAGUGCUCAUGUACAACGAAAAGGUGGCGGGCGAGCAGGACCCACCGGACCCGGGGGGGUCGAAGAUUUGUUGUCCAAAUACGCCGCCACCGCCGAUGAUGGGCAAUCCCAAAGCAAGUAUCUUAGACCGAUAUGUCAAGCGCAUCAAAGGGGAGGUGAACAUCUACGGCCGAAAGUUGGUCACCAGGCCAUCGCGCUGCAAGGAUCUCUUCUGCGGCAAGGGCUUCACCAUCGCCUGCGAAUGCUGCUGCUGCUGUCAGCUGGACGAACUGCUCACGGAGUUCAUGGUCUCAAGCCAUCGGAUCCUGGUGGAACAACGAGCUGCGCAGCGCUACUGUCGAGCCACCGCCUUCCUCAGGAAGGUUCCCAGCAUUCGCGUCACCUUCUUGGCUCACAACCAGGCAGCCGCUUAUGUGAACCUCAUGCCCGUGAAGACACUCAACCGCAAAAAGAUUCAGCAGGCACGGCUGGAAACACUGGGAGGAACCGAUUUCACCGUCAAGCUGCUGCAGAAGGGCGCUCGUGAGUACCAACAAGGCGGGACUGGCUGGGACCAGGACCCAUUAGUGUUCCAUGGAUUUCCGUGGGGAGUUCCGUGGUUGAUUCAGGUUUUCAAACCGUUUCACAUAUAA